ACUAUCCUGGGCUGUGUGCACCUGGUAUUUCCAAGCGAGACGGAUUACUGAAAUAUCAUACCAACAGGAUUACUAGACACACAAUAAACUGUAGUCAGUCCUCUUACUUUUUUAUGUGGGAUUGAUGGGUGAAACAUAUAGGGAAGGACAUCAUGCCCUGCUCAAUAAAGGAGAGGAAAAUGAGAUGGACAUAUUUGGAUUCAGGAGGCACCGAUGCAAAGAAAUCUUGUGCAUUCUUGGAUAUGUUUUCUCUCUUGGUUUCUCCUGGCUUAUACUAUACUGGAAGCCAGAAUGGCAUGUGUGGGCUAACUGUGUUCCAUGUUCCUUGGAAGAUGCCAAUGUUGUACUGCUCAGAACUACGGAUCAAUUUAAAGAGCAUACCUGGAAAAAGGUACUGUGGAUCCAGUUAUCAGACACAGAGUACAGGUCCUAUGCCUCGGUCACUAAAGAUAUAGAUUCCGUCAUUAACAGAGCUGUGAAAAAGCCACAACUCCAUGCUCGAUAUAUACAAGUGCAGAAGAUACGGUACAUUUGGGAUGACUAUACAAAACAAUUCUCAAAAGCUGGAAUCCUAGAAGAUCGCUAUACGUGUAAAUCUAUACAUGAAAACUUUGGUUCUGGUUUUACAAGAGAAGAACAGGAUUUUAGGAGACUUAUCUGUGGAACUAAUAUCAUUGAUGUUGGAAUUCCUCCAAUCUGGAAGUUAUUGUUUAAAGAAGUCCUAAACCCCUUCUACGUUUUCCAGCUCUUCAGUGUAUGUCUUUGGUUUGCAGAAGAAUACAUUGAAUAUUCCGUGGCAAUCAUAAUUAUGUCAUUAAUUUGUAUAGCUUUGUCUGUCUAUACAUUAAGAAUGCAAUCAGUUAAACUUCACAGACUAGUUGAAUCUCACAAUAACAUCAUGGUUUCAGUUUAUGGAAAAGAAACAGGUAUUGUUGAGCAGGAAUCCCGACACCUGGCUCCUGGCGACAUUCUUGUUAUAAAAAGAAACACAAUACUGCCAUGUGAUGCGUUACUUAUCAGUGGCAUGUGCAUUGUGAAUGAAAGCAUGCUUACAGGUGAAAGUAUUCCAGUCACCAAGACUCCUUUGCCUAAGACUGAUAAUACUGAGCCAUGGAAAGUUCACAGCGCACAUGAUUACAAAAGGCACAUUCUCUUCUGUGGAACACAAGUCAUCCAGACAAAGGCUUCUGAUCGAAACCCGUUGAAGGCAGUUGUAAUGAGAACAGGUUUUAAUACGGCCAAAGGGGAUCUGGUACGGUCCAUUCUCUUCCCCAAACCAGUGAACUACAAGAUGUAUAGAGAUGCCUUGAUAUUUCUUUGUUGCCUCAUUGGACUGGCCCUCAUUGGGAUGAUCUUUGCAGUUUGUGUGUUUUCUCUAGCUGGGACUCCAGCUGGGGAGGUGGUGAAAAAGGCCCUGGAUGUGAUUACUAUUGCGGUUCCUCCAGCGCUCCCAGCUGCUCUUACAGCUGGAAUCAUUUAUGCCCAGAAAAGGCUUGAGAAAGCUGGCAUCUUUUGUAUCAGCCCCCAGAGGAUCAACCUUUGUGGGGCACUAAACCUCUUCUGCUUUGAUAAGACUGGAACUUUGACAGAAGAUGGGAUGGAUCUCUGGGGAAUAGUCCCUUCCAACGGAUACCAGUUUCAGAACAUAAUCCCCAUGUCUGAAGACUCAACCCUCCCUUGGGGGCCUCUGUUUGGAGCCCUUGCAUCCUGCCACUCACUGAUUGUACUGGAUGGGAAAGUACAAGGAGAUCCACUGGACCUGAAAAUGUUUGAAUGUACUGGCUGGGUAAUAGCUCACUGUCAGGAGGAUAAUACAGAGGAGUCUAUGCAAUCAAUGACUGUGAAACCUGGUCCAAGUGCAGGCAAUGUGGAUGUUGAAGGCAUAGUUGUCCUACAGCAGUUCCCAUUCUCCUCUGGGUUGCAGCGCAUGUCCGUCGUCACGCAAGUUCUCAAUGGGGAUGAAUAUGCUGUCUACAUGAAGGGAGCACCGGAGAUGGUUGCUUCAUUUUGCAUACCUGAUACAGUUCCCAUCAACUUUUCAGAUGAGCUUGAACAUUAUACAAAGCAGGGGUUUAGAGUUAUUGGACUGGCUUACAAGAUCAUGGACUCAAAAGAGCAUUUUAAUCUAUCCACUUUAAAGAGGGAGGAGGUAGAAUCCAACCUUAGUUUCCUUGGACUCCUAGUGAUGGAAAACAGACUGAAGCUAGAAACUAGACCUGUGUUAAGAGAGCUUGACGGUUCUAAAAUCAGAACGGUCAUGAUCACAGGUGAUAAUCUUCAGACAGCUGUGACUGUUGCUAAAAACUCUGGAAUGAUAUCAGAAGGGAGUAAUGUCGUUUUUAUUGAAGCUCAAGAACCCAGUGAGUCUAACUUGGCAUCUAUCACAUGGACUCUGCUUCAAGGAGGCAAACAAAAAUAUUCUGAGAUUACGGAUGUUUUCCUUAACAUAGAGGAUGAAUCCACAACCGGAAACAAAAAGCCUCCUUUCCAUUUCGCCAUGACUGGGGCUUCUUACAAAGUAAUAUUGCGACAUUUUAACCAUUUGCUGCAGAAGAUAUUGAUAAAUGGAACUAUUUUUGCUCGAAUGUCCCCAGGGGAAAAAUCAAGUCUUGUGGAAGAAUUCCAAAAAUUAGGUUACUAUGUUGGCAUGUGUGGUGAUGGAGCCAAUGAUUGUGGAGCUCUGAAAAUGGCUCAUGUUGGAAUUUCAUUAUCUGAGCAAGAGGCAUCUGUAGCCUCACCCUUCACAUCAAAUACUCCAAACAUCGAAUGUGUCCCACAGCUGAUAAAGGAAGGAAGAGCUGCUCUUGUUACCUCUUUCUGUGUUUUCAAAUACAUGGCUAUUUACAGUAUGAUUCAGUAUAUUGGGGUAUUGCUGCUCUAUUGGCAUCUACAAACAUAUUCCAAUUACCAGUUCCUCUUCCAAGAUCUGGCUAUAACCACUUUGAUUAGUGUAACAAUGAGUCUUAACAAUGCGUUUCCUAAGCUGGCCCCAUACAGGCCUCCAGCCCAACUCGUCUCCCCCCCACUGCUCAUGUCUGUGAUCUUCAAUAUCAUCUUGAGCUUAAUAUUACAAAUAUGUGGUUUCCUCAUUGUCCAAAAACAGACAUGGUUCAACUCAGAUGAUAUAAACAGUGCUUGCAGUCCUGCUACUCAGAGUAGCCCAAAUAUUAGUAGUGAGAGCAAUGUGACCCAUGCCCAGAACCCCGAUAGUUUCCAGAGCUACGAGAACACCACCAUUUGGCUGCUGGGCACUUUAAACUGCCUCAUUAUCGCAUUUGUGGUUUCUAAAGGGAAGCCAUUCCGACAACCUAUAUAUACAAACUAUAUAUUCAUGAUCGUGAUUUCAGUCCAGAUAGCAGUUUGCCUUUUUCUCCUGUUUGCUCAUAUAGAGAACCUGUACAUUGUUAUGGAACUUGUCUGCACCCCUGUCAUCUGGCGGUGGUCUAUGGUGAUAAUGCUGCUUAUAAUAUUGGCUCUUUCUUAUAUUACUGAGGAGGCAGUAAUUGAAAACCAAACACUGUGGAACUGGUUGAAAGAGAAGUUUCAGUAUAGAUCAAAGAGCCCAUACAAGAAGCUGCAACGUUUGUUAGCGAAAGACUCCGAGUGGCCCCCACUCAAUAGAAAAGACCAUGCUGCCCCUGUGGGAUUGCUGCUGACCAGCACAAUGGGAGACUAUGUUAAUCCAAGUUUUGAGAACAAUGAGAUUUCCUGACAUUAUUGGUCAUACGUAUAUAAAAUAUUUUUAAUGAAAACGGAAAUAUUAUACUGGACCAGAUGCUGCUUUCAAAUAUGUUGUAAAUAGAGACACAAAAUAAAAUAAUUUUAAAUAAA